AGUGUGUUAGAACUGCUUCAUUUGGAAUCCUCUCCCGCGAAUCAAAUCAAUCGUCAAACAAACCCUAAAUCCAAUGUCUUUCUCGAUCGGAGAACGGCAAAGAUCGGAGAACGAGGUGAUCGGCGAUGGCAGUGACUCUGGUUUGAUCGAAGGAGCUGGUUCGCAGACGAAUGAGGCAUCGGAUUCAUCUAAGGACGCCAUUAAUGAGGCUUUGAGCAGGCUGGAGCGGCUCAAGAUCAGGGAAGAAGACUUUUGCUUAUCUGAAGAACAGAUUCGGACCAAUGAUCAACUGCAAGAGGAUGAGGUACUGGCAUUGGAGGCAAUAUAUGGGGAAGAUGUCUUCUUAAUGGACAGACAAGAUGGUUUACGAUUGCUCAAGAUCCUUGUACGUAAUGAAUUGCCGGAUGACAUUUCUGUGGCCACAAAGCUGCCUAAUGACAAGCAAAAAGCUUACGCACAGAGUCCAAAUUCUGAUGAUCCUGAUGAGUUUACCUAUGCAUUCAAAGUUAAACAUCUGCCCCCGAUUGUUGUGACAUGUUUGUUACCACAAUCAUAUCCGAGCCAUCAUCAACCUUAUUUUACAAUUAGUGCUCGGUGGUUAGAUUCCCACAAGAUAGCUACUCUUUGCAGCAUGUUGGAUUCUAUUUGGAUGGAACAACCUGGGCAGGAAAUCAUUUAUCAAUGGAUAGAAUGGCUGCAUGGUUCUGCACUUUCUUACCUUGGAUUUGUUAAUGAAAUAACGCUCUCUCCAAGUGAAGAGCUGGAUAAUGGAGAUUUGCGUGCUAUUUCAGAAAGUGUCUCACCGGAAAUUGUCAUUCCUGCAUUGAUUAGUUACAAUGAUGAGAAAUGCCAUGAUGCCUUUCUUAAAAAUCUACAGCAAUGUGAUAUUUGUCUCAGCCAGUAUGCAGGUAGAGGCUUUGUCAAACUUCCUUGCAAGCAUUUUUUUUGCUGGAAGUGCAUGGAAACAUAUUCCAAUAUGCAUGUGAAGGAGGGCACUGUUAUGAAAUUACUUUGCCCUGAUGUAAAAUGUGGUGGUCUUGUCCCUCCUAGUUUACUAAAAUGUUUACUUGAUGAGGAAUCCUUUGAACGCUGGGAAUCCUUAUUGCUGGAAAGGACAUUAGACUCUAUGUCUGAUGUAGUUUACUGUCCAAGAUGUGAAACGGCUUGCUUGGAAGAUGAGGAUAAUCAUGCACAGUGUUCAAAGUGCUAUUAUAGCUUUUGUUCUCUUUGUAGAGAACGUCGUCACCUAGGUGUGCAGUGUGUGACCUCAGAAGCAAAGCUUCUUAUUUUACAGGAACGCCAGAACUCAUCUCAGCUCAAGAAAAACCAAAAACAUAAAGAGUUUGAGAUCAUCAAUGAGAUUCUUAGUGUCAAGGAAGCACUUCAUGAUGCUAAGCAGUGUCCAACUUGCAAGAUAGCAAUCUCAAAAACGGAGGGCUGCAACAAGAUGGUUUGCCAGAACUGUGGGCAAUAUUUCUGCUAUCUGUGCAGCAAAGCAAUUGAUGGAUAUGAGCAUUUUAGGCAAGGAUGCAAGCUAUUUUCUGAUGAAGAGGUUCAGAAUUGGGAGAUGCAAAUGAAUCCAAGACAGGUUGUAGGACAGAUACAAGCUGAACUCUAUUUUAAACGUAUUUAUACAUGUCCAAACUGUCGUCAAGCUAAUGCCAAGACUGGGAACAACAAUCACAUCUUCUGCUGGGCUUGCCAAAUACAUUACUGUGCACUCUGUCGGAAAAUUGUCAGGCGCAGCUCGCAGCAUUUCGGACCUAAAGGUUGCAAACAACACACCAUCGAUCCCCCCGUAAAUCCCUUAUACCACAGACUCAAUUAAACAUGAGAAUGAAAAGCGGAAAGAACAUCGAAAUAGCUCGUGAUAGGUUUACAAACAAUGAAUUGCAGGUUUUAUUUGUACUCUAAGGCCAAAUAAAUACUAUUCAUUUCAACCUGGAAUGGCAAAUGCUGGUUGUUAUUUUCUUCAGGUUCAUCAAACUGCAAUAAAUUGUUAUUAUUAUUUUUCCUCAAAUGUCUUUGGAAAGGUUUGUAAGCAUCUGUGUAAAGACAAUUCUGAAGCCGCUUUUUUUUUUCUU